GGAACUUCCAUAAUCUGCUCCUCUUUUGACUAUUCAACCCCCACACCACAUGCGCUGGCUUUCAUUAAUCAAUGCAUCCAAUCUAUCUCUCUAUCUAUUUCCUGUCGCCUGUAGGAGGACGAAACUGGAAAGUGGCCUAAUCAUCAUGAUGGCUUAUAACCAAAACUAUAUAUAAAUUUGACUCACCCCUUUCAUCAAUCAAUGGACUCCCCCCAUUCCCUUCCCAUUCAUUCCAUCAUCCUCCACUUUACCCUUUCAUUUCAGACGUUUCUAGCGUCCACCACAUAACAGGAUCAAUUCAUCCAAAUCCCCCUUACACUUUGCAGUAACAGGGGCUACAACAUCAGAAAUGUUGCCAUCCUCCACAAAGUCUGCUGCUUUCUUCUGCUUCUUCUUCCUCCUCUCCCUCACUGCUACCUUCUCCUUCGCUGCCAAAUGCUACCCCGACGACCUGGCCGGCCUUCUCGCCUUCAAGUCCGGCAUCACCUCCGACCCUUCCGGCAUCCUCCUAUCCUGGAAAUCCGGCACCGACUGCUGCACCUGGAAUGGCAUCACCUGCAAUCCUUCUGGUGUUAAUAAUACUAAUCGGGUCACCUCCAUCUCCCUCUACGCCCAACCCGACAACCCCCGAUCCAUUUUAUCUGGUACCAUCUCCCCUUCCCUCUCCAAACUUCACUACCUCACCGGCAUCUACUUCUCCGAUCUCCGCAACUUAUCUGGCCCUUUCCCUGAUUUCUUCUUCCGUCUUCCUCGAUUAGCCUUUGUUUACAUCGAGAACAACCGCCUGUCCGGUCCCUUACCCGAAUCCAUUGGCAACAUGACCCAACUCCAAGCUUUUAGUCUCCAGGGUAACCGUUUCACCGGCCGGAUUCCCUCCUCCAUCGGCAAGCUAACUCAGUUAGGUCAGCUCAAGCUCGGCCAAAACCUUUUCACCGGAACCAUCCCAGUUUCCAUCCGGGCACUCCGGGAUUUGACCUUACUCAUGCUUGAUCACAACCAGCUCACUGGAACCAUCCCUGAUUUCUUCUCCACUUUCAGGAACCUCAUCUCUCUCGACCUCAGAGCCAAUCAGCUCACCGGAACUAUACCCCCCAGCGUAUCCACACUUUUUCCCAACCUCAGGUACUUGGAGUUGGGUCACAAUCGUUUAACCGGUAAAAUCCCUGAUUUCCUUGGAAAUUUCCGGGCCUUGGACACCUUGGACUUGUCCUGGAACAAUUUCUCCGGGACUGUACCCAAAACAUUCGCCAAUUUAACCAAGAUUUUCAACCUGGAUCUUUCUCACAACCAUCUAGUUGAUCCAUUUCCCACCUUGUAUGUCAAAGGAAUCGAAUCCAUCGACCUCUCUUAUAAUCAGUUCCAUUUAGUCAACAUCCCGCCCUGGAUUACUUCUUCUCCGAUUAUCUAUUCCCUGAAGCUAGCAAAAUGUGGGCUCAAGCUCAAGUUGGACGACUGGAAACCAUCAGAAACCUACUUCUACGAUUACAUUGAUCUCUCGGAGAAUGAAAUCACGGGAAGUCCGUUCAAGAUUCUUAACAGUACAGAGUACUUGGUAGGGUUCUAUGCCUCGGGGAAUAAGCUGCAGUUUGAUUUGGGGACUUUGAGGUUACCAAAAACCCUCAAGUUUCUUGAUUUGUCCAGGAAUUUGGUGAAAGGGAAAGUUCCCAGCACAGUUUCAGGGCUUCAGUCCCUGAAUGUCAGUUACAAUCAUCUGUGUGGUCAGCUCCCCAGCACUAAGUUUCCAGCCUCUGCAUUUGCUGGGAAUGAUUGCUUGUGUGGCCCUCCAUUACCGCCUUGCAAAUAGAUCAAGAAUUCAAGAUCUUGUAUUUUUACAUUUCCACUUUUUUUUUGAAUACCAGAAGAAAGAUCCAGUCUUGAGAUUCUGGUGUGUAUAAUAAUAACUGCAGCAGCAGUGUGUUUCAAUCUUGCCGCGUCUCACAAUAAGGCCACGUUUGAAUAAAGCUUCCCGUAUGUUUUGGAUUGGACACCCAUUUUUUUCAGUACCUUUAUUUUAUGGGUAUAGAUCAUAAUAUAUAGGGGAGUAGUCUUAUGUAGAAAAAUACAAGGCAAUACUAUACAUACAAGUGAAAGACAGUAAGUUCCCCCUGUAGGGAGCAUUUCAAUUCGGAUUUACGGGUUAUCUUGUAGAAUUGUUUAGUAGUCAACAAAUGAUCCAAGUAGUCAAUUUCCCUGCACGUGGUAAAAGAAGUUGUUGGUACAGCAAUAAGAUGAGCAAAAUAGGCUUGAAACUCAUAGUUUGUGUUGGAUGCAUUUAGUUGUUCUGUUCUUAAGAACUGGAUAUGUGUGUAUCUAUAUCUGUUUGUUUGUUCUCGAAAUCGUGGUUACAUGAUAUCAGCUGAUUUUUCACAGAAUGAUAUAGAGUCUAUUCAAAGUUGUUCAACACGGUGGGGUAUGUAUGUGGUUUGUGGAUUUUGAUUGUGUACUUCUUCUGGGAAUUGAACUGUUACUUUAGGUUGCAAAAUGUUUUACCUAAAACUUCUCCAAAUAUACUUGGUUUGCAAACUUAAGUUCCAUUUUAGCCAUACUCACCUUGUGCGGUUGGCUUACAAUGGACUAAGUUUCUUACCAAGGACUAAUAUAUUAUUCCCUGUGCUUGUUACAGAACAAAACAAGAGCACACAUCCGUGGAGAGGAGUUUUGGACUUCAAUUUUCCUGUUUAAGUAUAAAAUGUUGUGUAGCACCGGAAGUAAGAAAAGAUCAUGUACUAUAAUAAGAGUGUAAGCUUCUACCCCCACCUUUUGCUGAUUAAAACUGUGUGAUUGGUCCAUCAUCAUUGGUCAUUUCACAAUCACCACCAUGAAAAAGAACCAGAAUU